AUGUCGCUACCUGCUGCAGGCCCUAGAGGGCUUGCUACUAGUUCGAUAGGCAAGGCCAGAAAUCAAGCAGGCAAAACAAACACGGGAGGUAUCAGAAGUAAGGCCACGUUGACCAUUCGCAUGAAAGACUUUGAGCCCAUGGCCAAAUGCACCACGAAGAAUAUGAUGGGAACUAGGAUUCCAGCAUCUAUUGCGGGGUAUUCCAACGAGGACAUUCAGAUCACUGAACAACAUGCGGCUUUCAAAGAAAUUCUCGACAAGACACUCGACAUAUUGCGCCCCUUCAUCAAAACGAAUCGUCGGAAGAAGGCUACCGAAGCAACUGCGGAAGACUUCCACGCUCAUACACACAUACUCCAGGAUAAUCUCUCAAAUCACACCAUCAACGAGACAGUGAAAUCGCAGCAAAGGACGAAGCCUACUGUUGCGGAAGAUGAUAACGCAGAAGAAAGUGUCGAAGAAAAUGGCUAUACUUUCUUUGGCCUACCACGUGUUCAUAUCAAAAGAGACAAACGUGAACUAGAAGUAGAGGUUUACUUUGAGAUCAUGACGUUUCUUGUCGAGAUUCAGGAGAUUGGCGACACAAUCCUCGAUAUCUAG